AUGGCUGAGCCACCUGGGGCCUCUGAGGAGCAGAACCAAGAAAAAGUCCUGAAAAGCCUCCACAAUGCCAAGAAGUAUGGUGAAUAUGUUCUCGUCAGGCAUUGUUCCCAGGUCAUCUUCUGCUUCCUCACCGUGAUGAUGAAGCAUGGGCACAAGGAUGAGUAUGAGAUCAUUGAUGAUCACAGAACUGGGAAGAUUGUGAACCUCACACUCAGGUUACACAAGUGUGGAGUGAUCAUCCCCAGACUUGAGAGGCAGCUGAAAGAUCUAGAAAAUUGGAAGAAAUGCAAAGUGUUGCUGUCAUUUGAAGAUGUGGCUGUGGACUUGUCCCUGGAGGAAUGGCAGCACAUGGACAGUGCCCAGAGGACCCUGUACAGGGAUGUGAUGCUUGAGACCUAUAGCAAUCUGCUGUCCGUGGGCUAUUCAAUUACCAAGCCUGAUGUGAUCUUCAAGUUGGAGCAAGGAGUAUUGCCAUGGACAGUGGAAAAAUCUCUAAACCAGCCACUUUCAGAUUCUUACAAAAAGGAGGAGCUCCUUGGUGCCAAUAAUGAAAGUCAAGAAAAACCCUUCAGGAAAGCUGAAGAGAUGGCAUUUCAGAAAACACAUGAAGGCUUUAAUACGCCUGAGGACAACCUCCAGUGCAGGGAGCAUCUCAGUGAGCAUCUUAGUGAGCAUGCCAAAGUGCACAAUGCUCAGCAGUGUCUAGAGCACAGUGGAAAAGGGAAGACUUGCAGCAGGAACAAGCUAUUCUCUAUGUGUGAAGGAGUUAACCACAAACAUUCCUGUGACAAGCCACCUGCUAGUGUGGGGACAAUUCAGGUUGGAAAGGAAAAGUUCCAUAGCAAUUCUUCCUUUGGCAAGCAUCAGCAAUCACACUUGAGAGAGAAAUCCCAUGAGCAUUGUAAGAACGAAAGGUCCUUUAUAUACGAAAGAGAUCUUAAACUAAGUCAUAUAAUGCACGCAGCAAAAAACCAGUAUACAUGUGUCAACUGUAAAAACUCUUUGAGCUCUCAAUCUUGCAUUCCCACCAAACAGAAAAAUGACAUAGGUGAAAAUCUCUAUUUUUGCAAUGGAUGUGAAAAACACCUUGAUCAGAAGUCAGAACUCAUUAGAGAUCAGUUAUUUUGCACUGCAGAAAAGCCAUAUGAAAGCAAUGAGCCUGGAAACGGCUUUCAUGGAAACUCAAUCCUCCAUGCACAUCAGAGAGUACACAAAGGCAAGAAAAGUUAUGAAUGCAGCAUGUGUGAGAAAGUAUUUUCCUCCAAGUCCUACCUCAUUUCACAUCAGAGAAUCCACACUGGUGAAAAAACUUGCAAAUGUAAUGUAUGUGGAAAAGUAUUUAGCCAGAGGUCAUAUCUCAUUAGGCAUCAGAGAAUCCACACAAGGGAGAAACCUUAUCAAUGUAAUGAGUGCAGAAAGGCUUUUCACCAGAAGUCACACCUCAUUAAACAUAAGAGAAUCCACACAAGAGAGAAAACUCAUGAAUGUAAAGAGUGCGGGAAAACAUUUAGCAGGCGUUCAAACCUCAUGUGUCAUCAGAGAAUUCACACAGGUGUGAAGCCUCAUGAAUGUAAUGAGUGUGGGAAAGCCUUUAGCAGGAGGUCAAACCUCAUGUGUCAUCAGAAAAUUCACACAGGUGUGAAGCCUCAUGAAUGUAAUGAGUGUGGGAAAGCAUUUAGCAGGCGUUCAAACCUAAUCCAUCAUCAGAGAAUUCACACAGGUGUGAGAGCUCAUGAAUGUAAAGAGUGUGGGAAAACAUUUAGCAGGAGGUCAAACCUCAUGUGUCAUCAGAUAAUUCACACAGGUGUGAAGCCUCAUGAAUGUAAUGUGUGUGGGAAAGCAUUUAGCAGGCGUUCAAACCUCAUGCGUCAUCAGAGAAUUCACACAGGUUUGAAGUCUCAUGAAUGUAAUGAGUGUGGGAAAACAUUUAGCAGGAGGUCAAACCUCAUAUGUCAUCAGACAAUUCACACAGGUGUGAAGAUUCAUGAAUGUAAUGAGUGUGAGAAAGCAUUUAGGUGGAGAUCAGACCUCAUGCGUCAUCAGACAGUUCACACUGGACUGAAACGCUAUGAAUGUAAUGAGUGUGGGAAAGCCUUUAGCAGGAGGCCAAACCUCAGGACUCAUCAGACAAUUCACAAUGGGGUGUAG